AUGAAGGUGCUCAUUUGUGUGCUUGGGCUUCUUGCCCUGGCUUCGGCCAAGCCUGGGAUAACUGACGAUACAACAAUAGUCACCUGGGAUGUGAAACAAAGGCAAAUAUUCAUACUGAAACUGCUCAACAACAUUUUACAACCAUGCAUGUACAAGGAUGUAGAAGACAUUGGCGGGAACUACAAGAUCGAAGACAAUGUACACCUAUAUGGCAAACAAGACGUAGUGAAGACUUUCGUCAACAUGAUGAAAGAAGGUUUCUUGCCUCGUGGUGAGGUAUUCACUAUCCACGUCGACCGCCAGCUUAAAGAAGUUGUUACAAUGUUCCACGUAUUGUACUAUGCAAAGGACUUCGACACUUUCAUCAAAACUGCUUGCUGGAUGCGUUUGUACCUCAACGAGGGCAUGUUCGUCUACGCUUUAACUGUCGCCGUUCGCCACCGUGAUGACUGCAGGGGAAUCGUCCUUCCUCCCGCUUAUGAAAUCUACCCAUACUACUACGUCCGUGCUGAUGUCAUACAAAAGGCAUAUUUACUUAAAAUGAAAAAGGGUCUCCUGGACUCAAAACUUGCUGACUUCUACGGAAUCAAAAAGACCGACAAGGAUAUUUACAUCAUUGACGAAAACGUUUUCGACAAGAGAGUUUACUUGAACGACGAAGACAGGUUGAGAUACUUCACUGAAGAUAUUGACCUUAACACCUACUACUACUACUUCCAUGUUGACUAUCCAUUCUGGAUGAAGGAUGAUGUUAAUAACAAGUUGAACAUGAAGAUGGACAGAAGGUGGGAAAUGACCCUGUACAUCUACCAGCAAAUUCUUGCCCGAUACUACCUUGAACGUCUUUCUAACGGUCUUGGAGACAUCGAGCUUCUUUCUUGGAACAGACCAAUCAGGAAGGGAUACUGGCCUUGGUUGAAACUGCACAACGGUCUUGAAUUACCUGCCAGAUUUAAUGAUCACGUUCUUGUUAGGAAUACCAAAAUUGGAAACGUUAAGCUUGUACAGGACUACGAAAAAAUCAUAAACGAAGCUAUUAUUAAAGGAUUCAUCGAGAUUAAUGGAAAACGAUUUGACCUGACUCACCAAAAAGACAUAGAAAACCUUGGCAAACUCAUUUAUGGCACUGUUGACAAAGAUGAUAUUAUGGACGUCACCCAUGUUGAAGCUUACCGUUACAUGCUCAUCCUGAUGAAGUCUGUAAUUGGACUGAACACUUUCGGAAGUGACAAAUACUUCGUAGCUCCCACAGUUCUCGACUCUUACCAGACUGCACUCCGUGAUCCAGUCUUCUAUCAACUGCAGAAGCGUCUAUGCUACCUAUUCAUGCUGUUCAAAAUGCGCCUCCCGAGCUAUACUCGCGAGGACCUGUACUUCCCUGGAGUUAAAAUCGACAAUGUUGUUGUAGACAAGCUGGUGACAUACUUCGAUGAUUAUCUCAUGGAUAUGACAAAUGCUGUUACAUGGACUGAUGAUGAAUUAAAGAAAGCCAAAUCUGACAUGACUUUCUUAGUACGUAAACGUCGUCUUAACCACAAGCCAUUCAAAAUGACGUUCGACAUCAUGUCCGACAAAACAGUCGACUGUGUCGUCAGAAUAUUCUUAGGACCUAAAGAAGACCACCUUGGCCGAUUACUGGACAUUAACGUAAACCGCGUCAACUUCGUGGAGCUUGACUCCUUCCUCUACAAACUCAACACUGGAAAGAAUACAAUUGUCAGAAACUCGAUAGACAUGCACAACCUUGUGCGCGACAGAAUAAUGACCAACGAUUUAUGGAAGAAGUUUGAGACCGUCACAGAUAUCAAAGAUAUGUGGAACAAGGACUUAAAGAACUUCAACACUGGCUUCCCAACAAGGCUGGUCUUACCUAAAGGUACAAUUGGUGGCAUGAAGUUCUUAUUGUACGUGAUUGUUACGCCUCUGAAACUUGUAGACAACGUUGAUUUGUCUAUCCUGGACAACAAUCGCAAAGACGACAUGAUUGACUUCAGAUCUACAGUCUUGCUCGACAAGAUGCCUCUUGGUUUCCCACUCGACCGUAAGAUUGACGUGUCCAAAUUCUUCACUCCUAACAUGAAAUUCGUGGAUGUUAUGAUCUUCCACAAGACACAAGUUUGUGACAUGAAGACACGUUGGGACAAAUAUGUGCUCAAAAACUAUGACAUGUUCGACAAAACUGUGAUCAACGACAACUACUACACAGACGUGGAUGUUAACAUCAAACACGACAGAGAUGUUAACAUGUUUGACUUUUAAGCAAAUUACUCUAUGGACGACGGUUUAAGCAAUUUCACUUAGUAGUAUAUAUGGAAUUAAAGUAUGUGUUAAAUGGACGAAUGAAAUGUUAUACUUUUAUGAAAAUAGAAUGCAAUAAAGAAUGAUA